GAUUGGCUGGAGCACUGUCAUAAUCAAGCCUCAUCCAAUGAUUCCAACAACCUGGAGCCAUCAAUUGCCGAUGACAUGCAGGAUAUCUUCGAAUUUCUAUCACCCGAUUUUGGUGCCAACCAAAGCACACCGCCAAAUCAAUCCAACCCUAUGAACAUGGAUUUUUUACACAACAAAAUCAAUGAACGUUUUAAUGAUGUUUUGAAUGACAGGACCGCAGUCAACGAACGAAAAGAGGAUACAAUGCAAAAUAUUGCAGAAUCUUUGCAAAAAUCCGCCAUCAAUGAUUGACAAAACCCCGCGAAUUAAAACUAUUUGAAUGAAGCGAAUUAAAUUUGAGUUGUAUGACCAUUUUUGUGACAUCAUUUUUUGUCUGUCUGAAAAUAUGAAUUUCAGUUCUAAAUAUAAAAUAAAUAAAUAUUGAAUUUAGGUGAAAGAAUAUUACAAAGAAGAAAAAAAUUCUAUAAAUAAAUGGACGUUUUUUUUUUUGAAACGCUUACUUUUGCAUUUCAUUUAUUUGAAACAAUUGACAAAUAACUCCAUUCUUCUUUGUCUAUCGUUCGUUUUUCUUUCCUGAUUUUUUCAAUCAAAAACUCGAGGCGGACCGUCGAUAAAAUCUGUAAAUAUAUCCAAUAAAAACAGAACUGACCAUGCUGGACCCCUGAUUUCAUCGAGUUUCUCGUAUAUAAUUUGAACAUUCGUUUCAUUUGUGUCAUCACUUUUCAUUACAUCUACUAAAACACCAGGUAGUUUAAGUGCUGAAACGAAAUGCUUGAUGUCAUCCAUAAAUAAUCGGAGACCUGAGAAAAUGGACAUCUCGGUGUAUCCCAUUUUUGUACCAAACAUCGAACGCAUCAUUGAUAAUUUCAUGAUAUGAUGAUGAGUUUAACACAAAUAUCAUCACGAUCGUCUUUUCGAGGUUGGUAUUUUUGUGCCAUUUUCACUGGUUAUUUCAAACUUUCAUCAAGUUUGUCUCAAAUAGUAGAUAUUGUUUGUGCAAUGUUCAAAUUGUUUCCCUAACAAAUAUGUAUUUCAAGUCUGUAUACAGAAAAAAAAAAGAAUGUUUUCCGUGAAAAAUGCCAGAAAUCAACGAUUUUUUUUAAACGUACAAUUUUGCAUUUUAUGUGUCUGAAUUGACAGUUCCAGUUUCCAUUUGGUUUCAACGGGUGUAAUUGGAGCAAGGUUUUCGGUAUGACAGUUCACUCAAAAUAUUUUGGCGCUGUCACAUCAAAUAGACACACAACAAAGACGGCUCAAAGCCUAAAGAACCAUAGUUGGCGGCUAAAUCGCCCGAAACAUUUUCGUGACUUUAAUUUUGGACAACAGAAGGAUUGUGUUAAUUGUUAAUUUGUUUGAAUAUAUGAAUGUUGAAAAAUGGCAUUGCAAGAAGCGCCCGACUCAAUUGAUGUCACGGACAUUCAAUUUAAAGUGCAUAGUAAAUAUCAGUUGUUUAACAUAAAUGCGAGCACACCGAAUUUCAAUGGCAUCGAUUUAUUGGCAACGGCUAGCACAUUCGGUUUGGUCAUCGUUGGCAGACCGUCUGCACAAGAGAUACAAGUCCUUCAAUUGAGGGAUGUGGUGGCAAACAAAGAAUCGUCGACAAUUCCAGUUCGAUCGAUCAACAUACCCGGUGAACCGUAUAUACUGGCACUUAGUUGUGAUCACACCAUGCUGUCUGUGUGCUACAUAGCCAAUGGAAUCUCCUUCAUGGACAUAUACGCCGUGCAAUCAUUUUUAUCGAACAAUGUGGCAUGUGUCCUGUUAAAGACUAUGCUAUCAAAUACAGCAAAAGUGAAGCAGAUUCUGUGGAAUCCAGUUAUCGCAAACACAUUGGCUGUGUGCCUCAGCGAUGGUACGCUUGGUGCUUAUGUCAUCAAAGCAAACAGUUUUGAAUACAAUUCAUUGGAUAAAUCAGAAAAUGCACGCUGUGCUUGUUGGAGCCCAAAAGGAAAGCAGAUCGUUGUCGCCUUUCCAAAUGGAAAAUUGGCACAAUACAAACCAGACUUGAAAUUAGCAAAAGCAAUACCAUGUGCAACGCGAUUAUUUGACGCAUCAUUCUCACCGAUUGCUGUUCAAUGGCUAUCGACGUAUCAAUUUGCAGUUGUAUUUGUCGAAGAUAAAGUAGACGCCACUCAAUCAUUGUUCAUUGUGAAUGCACCAAAAACAACGCCACCCACCUACAUCAACUAUUAUGAUAUAACAUACAGUCAAACUGGACCCAGAGCGCCUCAAGUUUUUCUAAUUCACAUUUUGCAAUGGAAUUUACUGCUGAUGGCUUCAUCAAAUGGAACCGAAAUCGGAAUACUAGGCACAACUGAAGCGGGAGAAACACCCUUAUGGAGACAAUACACAUUUAUUGACGAAGGACGUGCUGAACUUCCAUUGACAGCUGAUAAACAAGAUACAUUUCCGAUUGGAUUAGCGCUUGAAACAGGAUGCACACAUCAGUUAAUCAUCGGUGAAAAUCAGAUCCCAGUAAUGCCAAUGCUGCAUAUUCUAUCGACACACGGAUUCCUCUUAUCAUUUAAUCUACUGAAUUUUCAACCAACUAGAGUUGAUAUCUGUUCACCACCACAAAAUCUACCCGACCAAUCAGGAUUGAGUUUGUUCCGACAAAGUGCAGUGGAUGCAAAGCCACCUCAAACAGCCACACCAGCACCUUCGUUGGCUAAUGUUACGAAAACUCUAUCAUCGAGUGAUUUGCAUGUGAACAACCUAACGUUUGCGAUACCUGAGACUGGUGCCACAUCAACACCGGCAAAACCACCGCAAUCACAAGCAAAGCCAACAUUUGGUUUAUCUAACGCGGACACACAACAGCCAAAACCAGCGAUGACAAGUUUAUUUGGUGGAGCAUCUUCCGGUGGUUUUGGAUCAAGUGGAUUUGGUUUGGGUGGGUCAAAAGAAGUACCGAAACCAUUUGCACAACAACCAUUUGCUGCUGCUGCUGCUGCUGCCCCAAUACCAGCACCAACCGCGACGGUUCCACAAAAUAACGUUGCAAGUAUGGCAAAAGUUCCAACGGAAGCAAAUAAACCAUUUUUAACCGUCCAACCGAAUUACAAACCGGCAUCGCAGACAAGCAAAAGCUCCACUAGCGGUAUUAUGUCGAAUUCAGAAAAUGAUGCGAUUUUACGAAGAUUGAUCAAAGAUGAAAUCGAAGCGUUUGAUAAGGAAAUACGAGAAGCGCUUGCUCGCUCGAAAAAUAUUCAAAUCAAUAUCUGUGGCAAAGAAGAGCUCAGCAAAUUGAUCAAGAGCAUCGAUGAAAUGCAGGAAAUUACGUCACAGGCCACGGAAAGUACUGAAUCGAUCAAGGCUGAUGUAAAUUCGUUGCGAUUGACACUGUACGAAAUGCACGCCAUGAUGGCUGAAGCACAGAGCAAAGUGGAGGAAUUCAAUAAAAUGGGUAAAACCAGCGAUGGCAACUCGGCCGCAAAUCAAACACAUCGACGACUCAUCAAUAAGCUACAAAAUCAAUUGGCACAAAAUCAAGCGCGAUUUGAUGUGUUUAGCAAACAGUUGGACGCCAAUUGGUCGGCUCAUUUGCAAAAUCAGCGCGAGAAUGACAGAGCACGAAUGCGUAUCCCAACGCUGGAGAAUGUCUACCAAACGUUGGAACAACAGCAUCAGAUUUUGCUGAAGGAGAAGACAAAAAUCAAUAAGAUCAAAGCGAAGAUUGGCGUUCGUGAAUCGUCGCCCCAUAAAAUCAAAUACUCUUAUUCAAAUACUGACAAUAUCAAAAUGAAUUCGCUCGUCGAUUCAGUGCUAUCGUUGACCAUUGGAGAUCAAAUAAAAAAUGAACGAAAGGUAUUGAAUGCAACGAAAUUGGAUGCAUUACGCAAAUUCACCGUGGGAAGUCGAACGGUCAAUUUUAUCAAACCAUCGCGACCGGAUCGAAAGGGAUUUAAUUCGGAAAUCAUUAUCGAAAAGAAACUCGCUGACGCCAAAGCUAAAAAGGAAAAGGAGAAUUUGAAGAAGGCUGAAUUGGAGGCAGAACGAGCAAAACAAGAAGAAUUGGCAAAGCAAAGGGAAUUGGCCAAGCCAAAGCCGUUGCUUGCAACACCGUCUGCUCAACAGGCAAAUGUGUCAUUGCUAGCUAAACAGAAGGAAGUGGUAGAGAAGCAAACACCGCUUGCCGUAAAACCAACAACGACCAUACCAUCUUCGUCGAUCGGUUCAUCGUUAUUCGGAAGCUUGGCAGAGCCCAACUUUGGAUCGCCACAGAUCACAUCAACUUCAGCUGCAAAGCCAAUUGAAACGAAACCAAUUUUUGGUGGUGAAAAGACACAAUCACCAUUUGGAAUUACAAACGAAAAAUCUGCUACAAAGCCAACGGAACCAAUGCUCAAUUUGAACACAAGUCUGAGUGGUAGUUUGAGUAAGACGAAAUCAUUUGACACAGCAUCAUCGGCAACCAGCGGAUUUUCAUUUGGUACCAAAACUGAGCCGGCAAAUAUUUCCAGUUCAACGGCAUCGACUGGCUUUUCAUUUGGUGCAUCAACUAAAGCACCGACGUUUGGUUUAGCCACCACACAAACCAAAUCCGAUGCAUUGAAUUUGACAAAACCGGCCACAUCGAUUGCAAAUGGGGCAAAAUCGGCGCUCCUGCAAACUCCAAAAACGACUGCAAAGGAGUCCGUACAAACAACAACGCCUGUCGCAACAUCUGGUUUUAAUAUCACACCGAAACCAACAGUGAAAUCAGCGCCAUUGCUGGCCACACCAAAUAUUCCACCGCAACUACCGUCUAUUGCGAAUCCGUCGAAUGCUUUCAAAUUCGAUCUUCGCAACGAAUUCACUUCACCAUCAAGUGACAAAUCAAAAGUGGACAAGGAAAAUAGUCCGAUUGUAGCCUCGGUAUCCAUCGCUAAAAGCCCUUCGAUAGGAAACUUUUCAUUUUUGUCGGCUAGUUCCACGAGCGUAACAUCGUCACCGUCAUCGACCAAAUCAAGCACUCCGGUUUUAUCCACAGUGCAACCGUCACCGGUCACUUCAUCCACAUCCAUUUCUACGCCAGUUUCAACACAAAUUUCGACACCAGCCCCAGUAGCAACGCCUAGCGCAAUUGAAUUCAGUUUUGCAAAGGCAAGUGCUGAAUCGUCUUUUGGUGUUAGCACAGCAACUACAAGCGUCACGACUACCACACCGAAUGCAGCCGUCAGCAGCACGGCCGAUGCUUCAUCGAUUUUCCAAGGAUUCAAUGUCUGCAAACCAAAUGUGGCUGAAAAGGAGAAUUCUGGUAAGAGCCUAUUCUCAACAAAUUCCUUUGGCUCAUUGGGAAAUGCCACAUCGCCAACCAGCACAGCAUCGGUUUUUGGAGCAAAUGCACAGACUCCUUCGCCAUCCGCUCAAACCAGCAUAUUUGGCGGUCAAGCGAUAACAACAAGUGCCAGUACACCUGUAACAGCCAGUACCACGUCCGGGUUUGGCGUGAAUUCACCCGAAACAUCAGCAGCUCAGCCAGCGGCUGGCGGAAACAUAUUCGGUUCGAAAUCCGUGGAAAGUGCUUCAUUGUCGUUUGGAGGCUUUGGACUUGGAUCAACAACACCAGCCGCAUCGACUACUAGCCCAUCAGCAUCGACGGGAAAUAUUUUUGGCGGAGCUGUUGCUGCAAAACCAGCUUCAAAUAUCUUUGGUGGUGCCAAUGCAAACAAUAACACGAGCACUGCUUCGAUGUUCGGUGGUGGUGGUGGUGUAACGCCAUCCUCGCCAUCAAAUGCAUUCGGCUCGUCUGUAUUUGGCAAUGCAAACAAUACCAUAAACGUAUUCGGAGGUGGAAAUACUGCUACAUCGACUGCUACAUCGCCAACGUCAGGUUCGAUGUUUGGUGGAGCUUCAUCGAAUCCAUCUUCGGGAGGUUCAAUUUUCGGCGGUUCGACUAGUUUCGGCUCAUCGCAGCAGACACCGUCCGCAUUUGGAACGUCUACAUUUGGCGGUGGAAGUAGCGGCGGUGGUGCUUUUGGUGCUCAAACUUCGAAUGCAACAACACCAUCAGCAUUUGGAGGUGGAAGCUUCUCGCAAGCAACAUCGAAUGCACCUGCAUUUGGCGCUCAACCCGGGUUCGGAUCACCGUUUGGUCAAGUGAAUCAACAGCAACCGCAAGCUGGAUUUGGAUCACCACAGCAACAGCAACAACAAUCUGGUUUUGGUUUGAGUGCGAUUGCAGCCCAAUCGAAUCCAACAUUUGGAUCAACAGCUACAUUUGGUGCAGCGCCAACGUUUGGCAGUCCAAAAAGUGGUUUUGGCACAUUUUCCAACGUAAAUCCAAACCAAACAUUUGCAACACCACAAAAGAAUUCACUGUUUGAAAGUCUUGGUUCAUCGGAAAAUACAAUGACCUUUGGAAAUUUGGCACAUCAGAGUCCAACAAAUGCAGCGGCCACUCCGAAACCAUUCUCCGGCGGGUCAUCAUUUUCAAGUUGGCGCUAAUCGUUACGAUGUAUGAAUUUAACCGUUUAAAUUGGGAGGAAGUUAUGAACGAAUAUAGAUAUAAGUUUAUAAUGGAUUAUUAUCGUCAUUUAGAAUGUAUUAUUAUGAAAAUAAAGCGAAUAAAAAAUACGUUGAUUUGACAUUAAAA